AUGGCCUUUGAGUUCAGCCUGUUCAGCGUGCUUGCCUGCCUGUGCCUGGUGGUGUCAGCUGCGCAAAUUUCUUUGGGAGCUGUGCUUUGCCUACUUAUAGUGGCGGGGCUGGCCAUUCGUGCCUAUGUGGGUGUCCCUCCUACACUGAAAGGCAAUAUGCUCCCUCGGCGAUACGGCGGCAAACGCUUUGAGCUGAUCGCAAUGCCCGUGAACCACUUUGGUGAGAAGGUUCGCUUCUGCUUGGACCUGCUUGGUCUCCCCUAUGAAGAGACCACAUACUGCGGCAUUUUGAACAUCCUUCUCUUCGGUCAGUCGGUGCCACAACUGAACGACAGGCAAAGCUGCAGCCACAUCGGCAAUUCCGACGAAAUCUUGCGAUACCUAUAUGGCUUGUACUCCGCAAGCAACAAGGCGGCAGAGGCAUUCCUCAAGCAGACGGAAGCAACCCUUGAAUGGGAGCUCGUCUUGAACAAACUGGGCCAUGCAAUCCAGGGCUGGGCAUACUACUACCUGCUUGGCAAGGGAUUCUCAAGUGAGUUCGCCUUGGUUUGCUGGGGCGUGUACGACGAGAAAUGCCCCCUCGUACAGCGAUGCCUGAUGAAAGCCUGCACUGCGCCGGUCAAAGCCUUCAUGCGCUCGGCCUUCAAGCUGGAUCGUUCGUCUCUGCGAGAUGAGCGCAAAGCCAUCAUAGACGAGGCCUUGACGCGCGUUGAUGCGGCAGUUGGUCCCGAUGGUAAGGGAUACAUCGUGGGGGACCAGUUAACCUAUGUCGACAUCACCUUUGCUUCUCUCGUGGCCCCCCUUAUGGCCAAUGGCUUCCUCUUUCAGGACCCUUGCCUUUGGGCCCGUGGGCGCUUUCGCUCUUUUGCAGAAGCCGGCAACCGUGGCACAGCCAGAACUCUGCCCCCCGAGGUUCAGGUGUUCGAGCAGGAUCUUGCACGCAGGCCAUGUGGCAAGUUCGUCACUCGCAUUUACAACUCGUACCGGAGCAAGAUUUUAUGA